UUCCGGUGGCCGGCCGGGCUUCGAUGGCCGGUCCUGGGAGAAGCUGGGAGGGGAGGGGAGGGCGAUGGGUCCGAGAUUGUGGAGGCCACGCCGGAUUUGCUGAAGAACACGCCUUCCAACAUCGCGAGGUUGGAGGACGUGAUCCAGCAUUGCGAGGGGCGGCGGAAGUACUUGGCUCAGACGCGGAGUCCCUCGGAUGGCACCGACGUCCGGUGGUAUUUCUGCAAGGUCCCUCUGGCCGUGAACGAGUUAUCUGCCUCUGUUCCUCGCACUGAGAUAGUUGGAAAGAGUGAAUUUCUUCGAUUUGGUAUGAGAGAUUCUCUGGCAAUAGAAGCCUCCUUUUUGCAGAGAGAGGAGGAAUUGUUAUCCUGUUGGUGGAGAGAGUAUGCAGAGUGUAGUGAUGGUCCAAGAGCAAGGCUAUCCAGUAGUGAGGACCCACAGUUGAGAACAUCCACGGAUUUGUCAGCUCAGCUAUAUGAAGCCGAGGAAGAGAGAGUUGGUGUUCCAGUCAAAGGAGGACUAUAUGAGGUAGACUUGGUGAGAAGACAUUGUUUUCCUGUUUAUUGGAAUGGUGAAAACCGACGUGUCUUACGAGGGCAUUGGUUUGCUCGAAAGGGAGGGCUUGAUUGGCUUCCUCUCCGUGAAGAUGUCGCAGAGCAGUUAGAGUUUGCAUACCGUUGCCAGGUGUGGCACAGGAGAACGUUUCAACCAUCUGGAUUAUUUGCAGCUCGAAUUGAUGUGCAAGGCUCUACCCCAGGAUUGCAUGCACUUUUCACUGGAGAAGAUGACACUUGGGAGGCUUGGCUAAAUGUUGACUCCUCUGGUUUUUCUGGUGCUAUUGGUUUUUCUGGGAAUGGGAUAAAACUGAGGCGUGGCUUUUCUGCAUCUCAGUCACCUAAACCGACACAGCAUGAAUUGCGUCAGCAGAAGGAGGAGCAAAUUGAUGAUUACUGUUCACAGGUUCCUGUUGGGCACUUAGUUUUUAUGGUUCACGGUAUUGGGCAAAGGCUGGAAAAAUCUAAUUUGGUCGAUGAUGUUAGCAACUUUCGGCAUAUCACGUCAGGUCUUUCUGAAGAACACUUGACUCCUCACCAACGGGGUACCCAAAGGGUUCUUUUCAUCCCCUGCCAGUGGAGAAAGGGUUUGAAGCUCGGUGGUGAAGCUGCAGUUGACAAUAUUACCCUGGAUGGUGUUCGUGGUUUACGUGUCACGCUGAGUGCUACUGUUCACGAUGUGUUAUACUAUAUGAGCCCUAUUUAUUGUCAGGAUAUCAUAGAUUCGGUCUCCAAUCAGUUGAAUCGAUUGUAUCUGAAGUUUUUGAAAAGGAAUCCUGGUUACAGUGGAAAGGUUUCUAUAUAUGGGCAUUCUUUGGGAAGUGUCCUUUCAUACGACAUACUUUGCCAUCAAGAAAACCUAUCAUCUCCGUUUCCAAUGAAUUUGGUGUAUAAGGAACAAAAUGAGAAUGAAAAAUCUUCAUCUGGUAACCACCAAGAUCUUAAAAGCAAAUCCUUGACAGAGAUGGAACAUAGAACAGUUUCGUCAAUGGAUAAAGCCAACAAGGAGCUGUUCCCCACUAGUGAGGAUGAGGAGAGCACAGUGGCUUCUCCAACAGUGCAUGACGAAGAAUGUACUCAGGGUUCCUGUUCUGCUGCUCCUGCAAAACCAGAUUCUGAUGGACUUUCUCCAUGGGCUUCUGCAUCCAACCAACCAAAGAAUGGGGAUGAUGUUCAUCAAUCCCUUGUUGAAUCCAAUAACAUGCUUUCCCAAGAUAGAGACAGCUUAGAUGAAGCAACAAAUAGAAACUGUGGAUCAAAAGAAGGUAGCGAACAAAGGUUGAAUCAUAGGGCAUAUGAAGAUGCUGAUAACAAGGAAAGAGUAAUAGAGUUUCUAAAAGAGGAGAUUGAUUCUCUGAAAGCAAAACUUGCUGAAUUGGAAUUGCAGUCUUUUGGAAAGAAAGCGGAUGAUGUAUUGCCACAAGAUUAUUCUCCUGGGCAAAAUGAUGAUCCUUAUAGGAGUCAUACCCCUUAUAUCAAGUAUACAAAGCUUGGUUUCAAGGUUGAUACAUUCUUUGCAGUUGGAUCGCCCCUUGGUCUCUUUCUUGCUCUUCGCAAUAUUCGGCUAGGAAUUGGGAAAGGGAAGGACUAUUGGUGUGAAGAAAACAUAAUUGAAGAGAUGCCUGCUUGCCGUCAAAUGUUCAACAUUUUUCACCCUUUCGAUCCAGUAGCAUACAGAGUGGAACCACUAGUCUGUAAGGAAUACACCGACAAACGUCCUGUGAUUGUUCCUUACCACAGAGGUGGAAAGAGGUUGCACAUUGGAUUCCAGGAAUUUACCGAAGAUUUAGCUGCUCGUUCUCAGGCAAUAAUGGAUAACCUAAACCUCGUGAGGGUCAAGGUUCUCACGGUAUGCCAAUCGAAAAACAGAGACUCCCUUGAAGAAGCAGCAGAAGAUGGCCAAGAGAAGAAAGAGAGAUCGUAUGGUUCGCUUAUGAUGGAGCAACUAACUGGAAGUGAAGAAGGAAGGAUAGAUCACGUGCUUCAAGAUAAAACAUUUCAACAUCCUUAUAUAUCGGCCCUGGGUUCGCAUACAAAUUAUUGGAGGGAUAAUGACACUGCCUUAUUUAUAUUGAAACACUUGUAUCGAGAAAUACCUGAGGAGCCCUAUUUCUCUCGAGACCCUGAAGUAUCUGGUGCAAAAAAUGGGGUUGGUGAUGCAGCUUGGCGCGAAGGUAGAGGGGCUGCUGAAGAAGAGCUUCCCUUGACAUUUUCGGACAAAAUCUUAGUCAGAAGCUUCUCUAAGAAAGCUAAAAAAGUCGUGAAACCUUGAACAAUCGUGCAUGUGCCAUACAGAACCACAUCAAAUGCAGAUAUACCUUCUGGAUGGAGCAAUUUCUGACGGUGUCAAAGUGGCAUAUGCACAGACUAGCAACAGCUGACCCUCGGGCCAUCACCCAUACGUUUGAGUGCCAUGACGAGCUGCAGGGACCUUCCGUCAUCAGUGGGAUAGCGUUGGCCCUCAACUGUACACGGCAUCUGUUGCUUUAGCGCAGUUUGCUUGGUAUCUUUUUGCUUUCAGUGCCCACCACCCAGUACAUAAAAACGAAGGAGCGGGGUCAGACUACUGCAGGGAAAUUGAUCGCUUUCGUUGGAUACAGUUUGUUGUGUACAAUAAUUAGGAAGGUUGCUCUUGCUCGCGCGGGUGUAUACACGUUGAGAUGUAAUACUAACGUACCAAAAGAAUUCCCUGUUUCCAUGUGUACAGAUUUUCAGAAGAUUGUGUAAAUGGAAGGAGCUUUUCUUUCCUUCCACUGCCCAGAAA